GUGAUCGUCUUGCUCCAUUUCAAACCGAUCUAUUCUCGACAGCUUUCUUAUCGAUUUGAACUAAUUAAAUAUUCAUCUGUGUCUUGCUUGUUAUCUUCUUCCUUGAUUUUCUGGAAAUAAAGAAAAAGGGAAUAUAUGGAGACUUUAACGCUCACCGGAUUACUGAAAAGGGUCGCCGGUGAAUUUCCUCACCGGCGAGCUAUUUCAGUAUCUGGAAAAUUCGAUCUGACGCACGCUCGUCUUCACGAACUGGUUGAAGGCGCCGCCGCUUGCCUUGUCGCCGCCGGGAUUAAACCUGGCGAUGUUGUUGCACUCACCUUCCCAAACACUGUUGAGCUCGUGAUAAUGUUUCUGGCUGUAAUACGCGCAAGAGGAACGGCUGCACCGCUGAACCCAGCCUACACAACCGAGGAGUUCGAGUUCUACCUGUCCGAUUCAGAGUCAAAAAUGUUGUUAACAUCGAAAGAGGGUAACAACUCGGCUCAAGCUGCGGCUUCCAAGCUCAACAUCCCGCAGGCGAGCGUGACGCUUCCCUCUGCUGACUCAGAACUCGAUAUUUCGCUUCCUCGUCCUGAGUUGGACCACAACAUGAUUACGAAACUCGCCAAUGACCCAUCCGACGUGGCGCUUUUCCUCCACACAUCUGGCACCACAAGCCGGCCCAAGGGAGUGCCACUGACUCAGCUCAACUUGGCCUCCUCGGUGAAAAACCUUAUGUCAGUCUACAGACUCACUGAGUUUGACUCGACCGUGAUUGUCCUACCGCUAUUUCAUGUUCACGGCUUGUUAGCUGCGCUUCUUAGCUCCCUAGGUGCUGGUGGCGCCGUGACUCUGCCAGCCGCUGGCAGAUUCUCGGCUUCUACAUUUUGGGAAGACAUGAAGAAGUACAGAGCCACGUGGUACACUGCGGUCCCUACGAUUCACCAGAUUAUUCUAGAUCGCCACUCAAGCAAGCCGGAAACCGACUACCCGAAGCUUCGGUUUAUUCGAAGCUGCAGCGCAUCCUUGGCGCCGGCUAUUCUGGCUCAGCUCGAGGCGGUAUUUGGCGCGCCGGUUUUGGAGGCUUACGCGAUGACCGAGGCGAGCCACUUGAUGUGUUCAAAUCCUUUGCCUGAAGAUGGUUCGCAUAAGCCUGGGUCAGUGGGUAAACCGGUGGGUCAAGAGAUGGCUAUUUUGGACGAGAAUGGUACGCCACAAGAGGCACAAGCUAGCGGUGAGGUGUGCAUCAGGGGACCUAACGUUACUAGGGGUUAUAAAGAAAAUCCAGAAGCAAACAAAGCCGCUUUUCAAUUCGGGUGGUUUCACACGGGAGAUGUCGGGUUUCUCGAUUCGGACGGGUACUUGCAUCUUGUGGGUCGGAUCAAGGAGCUGAUUAACCGUGGAGGUGAGAAAAUUUCUCCAAUUGAAGUGGAUGCUGUGCUUCUAUCUCAUCCGGACAUUGCUCAGGCCGUCGCAUUUGGGGUUCCUGACGACAAAUACGGUGAAGAGAUCAACUGUGCAGUAAUUCCAAGAGAAGGAUCAAAUCUUGAUGAGCCUGAAGUGGUGAGAUUCUGUAAGAAGAAUCUGGCAGCUUUCAAGGUCCCCAAGAAAGUUUUCAUUACAGAUUCUCUCCCUAGGACUGCAACUGGGAAAAUUCAGAGGAGAAUCGUGGCAGAGCACUUCCUUGCUCAAAUCUCAACUGCUAAACUCCCCAAGUUUGGAGCCUAAACAAAAUUUAGAAUUUACUUUAUAGCUGGAAGGAAGGAGUACUCUAUUUAUAUUUUGCAAUUUAGAAUUACUUGUUCCUUUUCUAGCAGAUCAAAAUUGAAAAAUUAGUAGUUAGUAGCUGCAGAAAUUAUAUUACUGUUGUUUCUACUUUUUUUUUUUUUUUUUUCAGUGAAUUUUCUAGUUGUCUGAUGUCAAUUGAAUCAUCAUUAUUCAAAAAGAUUUGAGGAA